ACCACCGAAUUCCCCUUCUCCCUGCCUUGAAAGCCGGAGUGGGGAGCAAUAGACUUAUAAACCCAAUACACAUUUGGAGUUUUUGACCAUUAACUUCAACUCGUCACUCUUUUUCAAAAAAAAUGGGGAAAGAAAUUCUGGAUUACGUGUUGGUACCAUUAGGCCUACUUAUCAUGGCUGCUUAUCACUUAUGGCUUCUUCAACGUAUUCUUAAACAUCCUACUCACACAGUCAUUGGCAUCAAUUCCAUCAAUCGACGCUUGUGGGUUCUUGCUAUGAUGGAGGAGUCGCCCCAGAAUGGAGUUCUAGCAGUACAAACGCUAAGGAACAACAUAAUGGCGUCAACACUUUUGGCAUCUACAGCUAUUAUGCUUAGUUCUCUCAUUGCCGUCUUAAUGACGGGCGGAAGCAGUGGUCGUUCAGUUAGUUUUCAUGUUUAUGGGGAUAAGAGCGAGUUUUGCUUGUCAAUUAAGUUCUUUUCAAUAUUGGUAUGUUUUAUGGUGGCGUUUUUGUUUAAUGUCCAAUCGAUCAGAUAUUAUAGUCAUGCUAGCAUACUCAUCAACGUGCCUUACAAGAAAUUGGACGCUUCAAAUUCGAAGCAUUGUGUUACGGUGGAGUAUGUAGGGAGGACAGUGAAUAGAGGCAGCUAUUUCUGGUCACUUGGAUUACGUGCAUUUUAUUUUUCGUUUCCACUAUUUUUGUGGAUCUUUGGACCUAUUCCUAUGUUCCUCUGCUGCAUUUUCCUGGUUGUAAUGCUUUAUUUCCUGGAUGUAAGUUCUGAUUCUGGAUGGGUUGCACCAGCUGAUGAAAACAGCCAGCAGACUGCUUGACGACGAGGUAGUUUAGGUACUGUUGGCUUAGGUAUCUUCAUGUCAAAUCAUAGUACAGUAUUUAGUAUGAUCCUAUUAAUGGGUGUGAGGUGGGGUGGUACUAUUAGCUUGAAAAAGUAAAAAGAGUGAGAGCAGUUUAGAUUCAAUCCAAGUUGCAUUGAACUGCUUUCGUGCCUUGUAAUGACAUCUUCAAUAAUGUUUUGUUCUUUUAAGAACUAAGCUUGGCAAGAACCAAGAAGAAUAAGACUGAAUUUCUCAACACUCACCGAUUUCUAAUAAGGAAGCAGCCUUGGUCCAUUUCUUCUGUAUUCCAGUUAACAACGCAGCCUCCGCAUUUUUAUGUUUAUUGAUGUAACGUCACAAUGUUGGAAAUAAUAUGUGCUCCGCAUCUCAUAUUAUGGAAGAUGCAGGACAGGGGCAUAAA